CGAGCGCUUGACAAGCACAAAGACAAGUCUACAGGACACCCUGAUCCGCUAAACUUGACACAAAAUGGACACCAAAGAACUGAUGAAUGAUGCACUUGAGAAUCUUGUGGAUGAUGACAUCAAAAAAUUCAAGUGGGUCCUGUGGAAUGGUCUGAUACCAGACAUCGAGCCUAUUCCUCGAGCAAAGCUGGAGAAAGCUGACCGGACAGAUGUUGUGGAUCGCAUGGUAGAGAAGUACAGUGAUGAUGCUGGGAAGAUCGCAGUACAAGCGCUGCGCAACAUCAAACUAAAUCAUGCUGCAAAAAACCUUGAGUCGAAACUUCAGGAAGUUCAGCAGCCUGAGCCGGUGGAAGAAAGAAAUGCUUCAGUGUCUGUGGAGGAUCAGCCCAUCCAGUCUGACUGGACGAGACCAAAGAGCAUUACUCAGAGCAGCCAAGAGUUUAAGAGCACAAUUCUCAGAAACAACAGAAAUGAUGUUUAUAUCCCGAAGGACAAGUCUCAGAGGAGACGUUUAGCUCUGCUGAUCACCAACAUACGAUUCAAGGACUCAUCAGGUAACAGGAAAGGAGCCGAGAGAGACCAUGAGAACAUGGAGUGGCUGCUGACGGCUCUGGGAUACAGUGUUGAGAAAUACACAGAUCUAACUGGGAAAGAAAUAGAUGCUAAAGUCAAGGACUUCGCCACACGUUCUGAACAUGGAGACUCGGACAGCACGUUUGUGGUUCUGAUGUCUCAUGGGACAAGAAUCGACAAUAAAGAUGCCAUUUUAGGUGUCGACUAUCCGAAAAACCCCAAGGAUUUCUUCUCUGUUGACGACAUCUUCUCUCAUCUGAACUCAAAGAGCUGUCCUGCUCUGAUCGACAAACCAAAGGUUAUUCUGAUCCAAGCCUGCAGAGGAGAUCAGAAAGGUGGUGUGGAUGUACAAUCAGACGCCACUGUGCACUUAGAGAAAGACUUUGUGUGUUUCAAGUCCUGCCUCCCUGGUAUCAGUGCAUUCAGGCAUCCUGUCGAAGGAAGUUAUUUCAUCUGUUACAUCGUGGAUGUGUUCUGUAAACGGGCUCGUAUUGAUGACAUCAUGGAGUUGUUCAGGAAGGUCGCCUUACGCAUGGAGAAAGACCCACAAUUCACAGGUCUGAAAAAACUAAUGCCAUGUAUCGACAGGACGUCCCUUCCCAAGAAAUUCUACCUGUUCCCUGGACUCUGAGGAUGGAAAAUCAGUUUAAGGCAAGACACUUGAAAAUAGUUUCAUAAAAAAGCUAUAACAGCAUCUCAAGACCCGUGAACAAGUGUCUUGCCUUGAAUCGAGUUAAAGGGGCAUCUUAUGCCAAAAUGCAUUCCAAAUAUAUACAGGCAUUGCAUGCAGUUAUAAUCAUUUUACUCUCAUUUAAUAUGAUUUGAUUUUUUGAAUAUACUUUUCUAUUUACAUACUACUAUAUUUACCAAUUAACUGCUAAGGAGUCUUCUUCCAACUGAUACCUUCUUCUUCUUUUUAUAUAAUUUUGAUAAAUGAAUCAAUAAAGCUUUUAUAAUCUGUUAUAUGCCUUUGUCUCUUGCCUCCAGCAUGUGUGUUUGUAGAAGAUUUCACAUAUAGGAAGAGUCCGACUCAUAAUUAAUAUAUCAGACUGAAACUAACAAAACUGUCCUGUUGCUCAGAAGCUUUUGUGUAGCCCUCUCAAUGCUGACAAACUGUGUUUAUAAAACAAAAAUAUA